AUGUUCGUUGUUUUUAUUUUUUUCUCUCUCUCUCUCUCUCUCUUUAGAUUUACCUCUCCCUUUACUAUUUAUAUCCCACUUUCUCUCUAUGCCCUUCUCUCUUUGAAUCUCUCUCUCUUUAUCAUUUGUCAAGGAAUCGGUUUUUCUCUAUAUUUGUUUCUCCCCUUUUCGCUAUCCGAUUUUCUAUCUCUUUCGCUUUUUCUCUCUAUUUCUUUCUCAUUCUUUCUCCCUGUGUUUGUGUGUGUGUCUCUCUCUAUGUCAAUAUUUUCUGUCUUUCUCUCAUUAUUCGUUUCAUUUUAUAUGCCAUUUUUUUCUUUCUUUCGCUUCUUCUCUUUCAAACUUUUCUCUCUUGAUUUAUAUUCCUCUAUUUAUUUUCCCAUUUUCUAUAUGUCUUUCCCUCUUUUUGCUUCUCUCUCUUUCUCCUUAUCUUUCUUUCUCGAUCUGUCACUUAUUUCUAUAUUUCCACUUUUCUCUUCCAAUUUCUCUUUUUCUCUCUUUACUUUCCCGUUUUAUCUUUAUUUUCAUUUGUAUCCAUUUCUAUCUCUCUCAUUCUCUUUCUUUAUCGCUUUCUUUUCCUCCUCUAAUUUUAUUUCUCUCUCCCUCUCUUUUUCUUUAUAUUUAUAUAUCCGCCUUUUUCUUUCGGUUUAUCUUCAUGCCUAUCUUCUCUAUCUUUCUCACUUUGUAUUCCUCUCUAAUCUAUCUUUUGUUCGUAUUUCUUUAUCUCUCUUUCUAUUCUCUCAUUUUUUCUCUCUCCCUUUCUAG